CCCGCGAGCCUAGCUGUGGCUGCCUCGCUCCUGCUUUUUGUUUCCAGAAAAGCAGCCAAAUUAGCUGCUACCAAUGUGCACUCUUGGGGAGACGCAAGUACUGCUUUUGAUGCAGCUAUUAUUUCGUUGGACCACUCAGGCUCUGGCUCAGACUCCAACUCCCUUCUUCACCUUCCCCCUGAAAGUCUCCCCAAUCAAGCUACGUGGGGCUUCGCGUCGCCCACCCCCAUUAACUGCAUCGCUAGCUGCACCACUUGGGAAUGAAUCCGGGGGACGCCUGCGGGAUGUGGCUGCAGAGGGGCUGGCUUUAGCGCUGGACCCAACGAGGGGAUUGGUCAACUUCUUGCCCAUGAUAGAUAAUUUGCAAGGGGACUCUGGCAGGGGCUACUACCUGGAGAUGCUUAUUGGGACCCCGCCACAGAAGCUGCAGAUUCUUAUUGAUACUGGGAGCAGUAACUUUGCUGUGGCAGGUGUCCCUCAUUCAUAUACAACUUCAUACUUUGACAUUGAGAAGUCCAGCACAUAUCGUUCCAAAAACUUGAAUGUCAAUGUUAAAUAUACUCAAGGAAGCUGGACAGGUUCAGUUGGUGAAGAUGUGGUUAUCAUUCCUAAGGGAUUCAAUAGUACUUUUCUUGUCAACAUUGCUGUCAUUUUUGAAUCAGAAGAUUUUUUUUUACCAGAGACUAAAUGGAAUGGAAUACUAGGACUUGCCUAUGCCAUGCUAGCCAAGCCAUCAAGUUCAUUGGAGACAUUCUUUGAUUCCCUUGUGAAGCAAGCGAAGAUUUCCAAUAUUUUUUCCAUACAGAUGUGUGGUGCAGGAUUACCAAGAGACAGAACUGGUACCAAUGGAGGUAGUCUUGUCAUGGGAGGAGUUGAACCAAGUUUAUAUAAAGGUGACAUAUGGUAUACAACAGUUAAAAAGGAAUGGUAUUACCAGAUUGAAAUUCUGAAAUUGGAAAUUGGAGGACAGAACCUCAAUUUGGAUUGUAGUGAGUACAAUGUAGAGAAAGCCAUCGUAGAUAGUGGCACCACUCUGUUGCAUCUGCCUCCAAAAGUUUUUAGUGCUGUGAUUGAAGCAGUCUCCCACAUAUCUUUGAUUUCAGAAUUUUCUGAAGGAUUUUGGACUGGUUCUCAGCUUGCAUGCUGGAAAUAUGAAACACCUUGGUCAUAUUUUCCCAACAUUUCCAUAUACCUGAGAGAUGAGAACUCCAGCAGAUCAUUCCGCAUCACCAUCAUGCCUCAGCUUUAUAUUCUUCCUAUAUUGGGAAUUGACCCAAAUUAUGAAUGUUACCGAUUUGGCAUCUCAUCUUCUACUAAUGCUCUUGUAAUUGGUGCUACAGUCAUGGAAGGUUUCUAUGUUGUGUUUGACAGAGCUCAGAAGAGGAUAGGAUUUGCAUUGAGUUCCUGUGCAGAAGUUGAUGGUGUUCCAGCAUCUGAGAUUUCAGGACCUUUCUCAACAGAUGACAUAGCAAACAGCUGCAUCCCUGGUUCACCUUCAAAAGAACCUAUUUUGUGGAUUGUCUCAUAUGCCCUUAUGAGUUUGUGUGGAAUUAUCUUCCUCGUAUUAAUCUCACUGUUGUUUCCAUCCUGCUGUAUACAUUGCUCUCGUGAUCCUAAUUUAGUCAAUGAUGAAUCAUGUCUAGUCCAGCAUCGCUGGAAAUGACCAUCUUGAUCCAGACCCAAGGAAUUUGGGGGUCUACUAUUAACAGUUAAAGUGAAAAAUGCAACAACAAAGAAUACAAGCCAAGGUUUUCUUCUAUAUACAUUAGAGAGUCAAAUCAUUGUUUGGUUGCUGUAUUACCAUCCAGAUUCCUAUGUCUUGAGCCUUAACUUAAAGUUUAGAAACCUCAAGGGGUGAAAAGCUAUCCUAAACCAAAAUAUUGUAAUUGGGCUUCAGGUUCUAUGUUUGUGACUCAUUAUGCAGUACAAUACUGUAUGCCAGAACCUAAAGACAUGCUUGAAAAUGAAAAAUAAUAAGUUCUCUUAUACCUCAAAAUCUCUUCCAAAAUACAGAAUACGACUUCAAAUUUCAGGUAUGAAAGUAAAAUAAGAAUUUUUUCUUUAUUUAUAUUUAUUAGUGAUUUUCUUCAAUUUUUAACAUGUCUCAGUAUAAUAUAAAGAUUCAUCUUAUGAUAGCAAGAGAGACUUAAUGAGUUUACUGAACCUGCUAUUCUCCCCAUAGUUAUAAGCUCUCAAUAGGCAUUUUCAUGGCCCUUCUGUGUAUCUUGGAUGAGAGUUCUAAAAUACUUAAUGACCGUGUCACCAUUACUUGACAACCUUUACUUGUCUGUUUUUUAGCAUGAUGAGGGACGCUCUUGAUAGUAACAUGGAUACCACACAAAUAGAGGUUCUGAACUCUGAAUUGUGCCUAUCAGAAUAAUUCUAAACCAGUCAUCAUUAAAGACAUUUAUAUUCACUCACAUUAAAAACAUAAAAUACCCUCUUUGUUUCAUCUGCUUUAGUUGACAUAUUUCCCCCUUCACAAGCCAUCAGAACCGCAAAAAGUAAGUUUUCAUUUUUAGAUUUCACUCUAGUGGGUAAAUUAAAUUUCACCUUUUGGUAUGGAUAGGAGAUAUCUAUGAAUAGAUUUCAGUGGACUUAGAAGAGAGAGGUGAAAAUGAAGCAAAGGACAACUUUUUCCAGCUUUCAGAACCGUGAAAGUACUACUUCCUGUGCUCAGAUACCCCUACACCUAUACCUGAGGCUUAUACCUUAUGAUAUCGGAGGUAUAAUGAUUCUUAAUUAGCUUGGAAUAGACAAUUAACUCACUUAGGGGAUAUUCAAUUUUUAGGCAAUAAGAAAUGGAUAGAACUGACCUUUUAUAUGUAACAGUUCUCUGCUUUACUCCAGUUCCCUGGGACUUGGGAAAGUUUUCGAUUGCUACUAUUUAUUCAGUCCUUAGAUAUGGAGCUGAUGGCAGUAUAAAAUAUGAUGCAAUUAGGAUUUUGAGCAUUUGAAAUCAUUGGUUUUCAACAUUUCUCCUUACCCCUUCUCUCUGUUAUGUUAUGUCUAGUUAUCAUUGUCAGCUGAGUGGAUAUUCUCUGUAAUCACUCUGAUCUUAUGUAAAGUUCCAUGUAAAUAUUGA